CAGGCGCAGUACUCCCUCCAUCCCUGCGGUCGAGGGCGGGGCCGCGCUGUCCAGCGGCCAAGACUCCAUGGGACUUUUGGGGCUCCUAAGCCUCCUGCACUCAGCCUUCUUCGGGGACCAGGCAUUGCAGGAGUUGAAGAUGACCAGCUCCAUGGCCUCGUACGAGCAGCUGGUGCGGCAGGUGGAAGCCUUGAAGGCUGAGAACACAGACUUAAGGCAGGAGCUACGAGAUAACUCCAGCCACCUCUCCAAACUGGAGACAGAGACUUCUGGCAUGAAGGAGGUCCUGAAACACCUUCAGGGCAAGCUGGAGCAGGAGGCGCGGGUGCUGGUAUCCUCCGGGCAGACAGAAGUGUUAGAACAACUGAAAGCUCUUCAGACUGACAUCAGUAGCCUCUACAACCUAAAGUUCCAACCCCCAGCCCUGGGCCCAGAGCCUGCCACCCGGACCCCAGAGGAAAGCCCAGUGCAUGGCUCCGGCCCAUCCAAGGACAGUUUCGGGGAGCUGAGCCGGGCCACCAUCCGCUUGCUGGAAGAACUGGACCAGGAGCGAUGCUUCCUGUUGAAUGAGAUCGAGAAGGAGGAGAAGGAGAAGCUGUGGUAUUACUCUCAGCUGCAGGGUCUGUCCAAGCGCUUGGAUGAGCUGCCACACGUUGACACGCAGUUCUCGAUGCAGAUGGAUCUGAUCCGGCAGCAGCUGGAGUUCGAGGCUCAGCACAUCCGCUCGCUGAUGGAGGAACGCUUCGGCACCUCAGACGAGAUGGUGCAGCGCGCACAGAUACGUGCUUCACGCCUGGAGCAGAUUGACAAGGAGCUGUUGGAGGCCCAGGACCGGGUGCAGCAGACAGAACCCCAGGCUCUGCUGGCAGUAAAGCCUGUGGCAGUGGAGGAGGACCAGGAGCCGGAAGUCCCCACUCACCCUGAGGAUGGCACCCCUCACCCUGGCAACAGCAAGGUGGAGGUGGUGUUUUGGCUUCUAUCCAUGUUGGCGACACGGGACCAGGAAGAUACAGCACGCACACUGCUGGCCAUGUCUAGCUCGCCGGAGAGCUGCGUAGCCAUGCGCCGCUCAGGAUGCCUGCCACUAUUGCUCCAGAUCCUUCAUGGCACCGAGGCCGGGGCUGGGGGACGUGCGGGGACCCCUGGGGCACCUGGUGCCAAAGAUGCACGCAUGCGCGCCAACGCGGCCAUGCACAACAUCGUUUUCUCUCAGCCGGAUCAGGGCUUGGCCCGCAAGGAGAUGCGUGUGCUGCAUGUGCUGGAGCAGAUUCGGGCUUACUGUGAGACUUGCUGGGACUGGCUGCAGACGCGCGACAGCACUGAGGGUGGUUCAGGAGGCGCCCCUGUCCCCAUCGAGCCUCAGAUAUGCCAGGCUACCUGUGCAGUGAUGAAGCUGUCUUUUGAUGAGGAAUACCGUCGGGCUAUGAAUGAGCUAGGGGGGCUGCAGGCUGUGGCAGAACUACUGCAGGUGGACUACGAGAUGCACAAGAUGUCCCGGGAUCCGCUCAACCUUGCUCUGCGCCGCUAUGCUGGCAUGACCCUCACCAACCUCACCUUCGGAGAUGUCGCCAACAAGGCCACACUGUGUGCCCGCCGAGGCUGCAUGGAAGCCAUCGUGGCCCAGCUGGCCUCUGAGAGCGAGGAGCUGCAUCAGGUCGUGUCCAGUAUCCUGCGUAAUUUGUCGUGGAGGGCUGACAUCAACAGCAAGAAGGUGCUGAGGGAAGUCGGCAGCAUGACUGCCCUUAUGGAAUGUGUGCUGCGCGCCUCCAAGGAGUCCACUCUAAAGAGCGUUCUCAGUGCCUUGUGGAACCUGUCUGCACACAGCACCGAGAACAAGGCAGCCAUUUGCCAAGUAGAUGGUGCACUGGGUUUCCUGGUGAGCACACUCACCUAUCGUUGCCAAGGGAACUCCCUGGCAGUCAUUGAGAGUGGUGGUGGGAUCCUGCGCAACGUGUCAAGCCUCAUUGCCACCAGAGAGGACUACAGGCAGGUGCUCCGUGACCACAAUUGCCUACAAACACUGCUGCAGCACCUCACGUCCCACAGCCUGACCAUUGUGAGCAACGCCUGCGGCACACUCUGGAACCUGUCAGCCCGCAGCCCCCGGGACCAGGAACUGUUGUGGGACCUGGGGGCUGUGGGCAUGCUGCGUAACCUCGUCCACUCCAAACACAAGAUGAUCGCCAUGGGUAGUGCUGCUGCCCUGCGAAACCUGCUGGCUCACAGACCUGCCAAGUACCAGGCAGCGACCACAGCCAUCUCCCCGGGAACCUGCGUGCCCAGCCUGUAUGUCCGCAAACAGAGGGCUCUGGAAGCAGAGUUGGACACCCGGCGCCUGGCGCAUGCUCUGGGCCACUUGGAGAAGCAGGGCCUGCCUGAGGCAGAGGCCACUUCAAAGAAGCCCCUGCCACCCCUCCGCCACCUAGAAGGGCUGGUGCAGGACUAUGCCUCCGACUCUGGCUGUUUUGAUGAUGAUGACGCACCAUCCUUGGCUGCUGCGGCCACAGCUGAGCCUGCCAGCCCCGCAGUGCUGUCUAUGUUCCUUGGUGGUCCCGUUCUUCAGGGCCAGGCACUGGCCCGCACCCAACCUGCCCGCCAGGGUGGCCUAGAAGCCGAGAAAGAGUCUGGCGGGGAGGCAGCUGUGGCUGCUAAAGCUAAGGCCAAGCUGGCAUUGGCCGUGGCUCGGAUCGAUCGACUGGUGGAGGACAUCUCUGCCCUGCAUACCUCAUCAGAUGACAGCUUCAGUCUUAGCUCGGGGGACCCAGGGCAAGAGGCACCAAGGGAGGGUCGUGCCCAGUCUUGCUCUCCAUGCCGGGGUACUGAGGGUGGGCGACGUGAGACCAGCAGCCGGGCGCACCCUCUACUGAGGCUCAAGGCGGCCCACACCAGUCUCUCUAAUGACAGCCUGAACAGUGGUAGCACCAGCGAUGGCUAUUGUCCCCGGGAACACAUGCGGCCAUGCCCACUGGCUGCAUUGGCAGAGCACCGUGAGGACCCUUUGCGUGGGCAGACUCGGCCCAGCAGGCUGGACCUGGACCUCCCCAACCGGGCUGAACUUCCUGCCCGGGACACAGCUACUGCUGAUGCCCGUGUACGUACUAUCAAGCUAUCCCCAACCUAUCAGCAUGUGCCAUUGCUUGAUGGUGCCACUGGGUCGGGCAUCAGACCCCUCGCUGGACCAGGAGCCUCCCCAGGGGCUCGAAAACAGGCAUGGAUACCUGCCGAUAGCUUGAGCAAAGUCCCCGAAAAACUGGUGGCCUCCCCACUACCUGCGGCUAGCAAGGUGCUGCAGAAGCUGGUUGCACAGGAUGGGUCAAUGUCCCUUUCCCGAUGCAGCUCACUAUCCUCUCUGUCUUCUACUGGCCAUGCUGGCCCCAGCCAGGCUGGGAAUCUUGAUGACAGUGAUUCAUCCCUGGAGGGGCUAGAGGAAGCUGGUCCAGGUGAGGCAGAGCUGGAUGGGGUGUGGAGAGCGUCUGGGUCCACCUCUCUGCCUGUAUCCAUCCCAGCACCCCGCCAGGGCCGCAGUCGAGGUCUUGGGGUGGAGGAUGCCACACCGUCCAGUUCGUCUGAGAACUGUGUCCAGGAGACACCCUUGGUCCUGAGCCGCUGUAGUUCAGUGAGUUCUCUGGGCAGCUUUGAGAGCCGCUCCAUUGCCAGCUCCAUUCCCAGUGACCCAUGUAGUGGGCUGGGCAGUGGCACAGUGAGUCCCAGUGAGCUGCCCGACAGCCCAGGGCAGACGAUGCCACCAAGCCGCAGCAAGACGCCACCGGCACCUGCUGGCCAGCCUGAAACCAGCCAGUUCAGCCUGCAGUGGGAGAGCUACGUGAAGCGCUUCCUAGACAUAGCAGAUUGUCGGGAGAGGUGCCAGCCGCCCUCGGAGCUGGACGCAGGCAGCGUCCGCUUCACAGUGGAGAAGCCAGAUGAGAACUUCUCCUGUGCCUCCAGCCUCAGUGCGCUGGCCCUGCAUGAGCUGUAUGUUCAGCAGGACGUGGAGCUGCGGCUGAGGCCUCCAGCCUGCCCAGAACAUGCAGGUGGCGGCGGGGGACACCGUCGGAGGGACGAGGCUGCUGGCCGCCUAGAUGGCCCAGCACCUGCUGGUUCUCGGGCUCGGUCAGCAGCUGAUAAAGAACUGGAGGUACUGCGUGAAUGUCUGGGGGCAGCCAUGCCCGCCAGGCUCCGCAAGGUGGUCUCGGCCUUGGUGCCUGGCCGCCGUGCACUGCCAGUCCCUGUGUACAUGUUAGUGCCUGCCCCGGCUCGGGAUGAUGACUCUGGCACUGACUCGGCAGACGGCACACCUGUCAACUUUUCCAGUGCUGCAUCACUCAGUGAUGAGACCUUACAGGGACCCUCCAGGGACAAGCCAGGAGGGCCUGGAGAAAGGCAGAAACCCACAGGCCGAGCUGCCCCUGCCAGGCAGACCCGUGGGCACCGACCCAAGACAGUGGGUGCUGGUAGGAGUACAGAGCACACCCAAGGAGCGGGUAGGAACCGGGCAGGAUUAGAAUUACCCCUCAGCAGGCCCCAGAGUGCUCGAUCCAACAGGGAUGGCUCAUGCCAGACCCGGACCCGCGGGGAUGGUGCCCUUCAGUCACUGUGCCUCACAACUCCCACAGAAGAAGCUGUGUACUGCUUCUACGACUCUGAUGAAGAGCCACCAGCAAUAGCACCACCACCCCGGCAGGUGUCUGCUAUCCCACGGGCUCUUAAGCGUGAGAAACCCACAGGCAGAAAGGAGACCCCAUCCAGGGUGUCACAGCCCAUCACACCACCUGUCAGGGCCCAGCCCAGACUGAUCGUGGAUGAGACCCCACCUUGCUAUUCCUCAGCUAGCUCCCUCAGUGAGCCUGAAACCUCUGAACAGGCAUUUAGCCAACCCCGAGGCCGGGAGCAGGCAACUACCAAGAACCCAAGCCCAGGCAGUAAACGGGACAGCUCUCCUAGCCCAAGAGCGGAGGAGGAGCUAUUGCAGCGAUGUAUCAGCUUAGCCCUGCCCAAGCGCCGGACCCAGGUAGCCGGGUCUCGUCGUCGCAAGCCCAGAGCUGCCCGGUCUGAUGUGCGGGCCACUGAGGUACCUCGGAAAUGCCGUGAGGAGGUGCCUACCUCUGACCCAGCCUCUGAUUUAGACAGUGUUGAGUGGCAGGCCAUCCAAGAGGGUGCAAACUCUAUUGUUACAUGGCUGCACCAGGCGGCAGCCAAGGCCAGCCUGGAGGCAUCUUCUGAGUCUGACUCCCUCUUGUCUCUGGUGUCUGGGCUCUCAGCAGGCUCCGCUUCACAGUCCUCCAAACACAGGAAAGUACGAAAGCCUGGGGCUGAAGCUGGGGGUACCUGGCGUCCAGAGAAACGGGGUGCAGCUUUCACUAAAAUCAGUGGGAGUCCACGGUUUCCUAGUGGCCCUGAGAAGGCAAAGGGUACCCAGAAAACGGUGUCAGGACAGCCAGCCAUGCUCCGGGGACGGACGGUGAUCUACACAGCUAGCCCAGCCUCCCGGGUUCAGUCCAAAGGAGUUUCUGGCCCUUGUGCCACACUUAAGAAGAUGGGGACAUCUGGUACUGCUCAGCCAGGAACUGCCACCAAAGCUCCCAGCCCUGGGCAACAGCAACAGCGUUCACGGAGCCUGCACCGGCCAGGUAAAAUCUCAGAGCUGGCAGCCUUGAAUCAUCCGCCCAGAAGUGCGACCCCUCCAGCCCGCCUCGCUAAGACUCCAUCCUCAAGCUCAUCACAGACUUCGCCAGCCUCCCAGCCCCUGCCUAGGAGGUCCCCUCUGGCCACUCCAACUGCAGGGCCUUUGCCUGGCCCGGGAGGGUCUCCAGUGCCCAAGUCACCAGCCCGGGCCCUUCUAGCUAAGCAACACAAGACCCAGAAAUCACCUGUGCGGAUCCCGUUCAUGCAAAGGCCAGCCAAGAGAGGACCACCACCACUGGCUAGGCCAUCCCCAGAGCCUGGAUCCAGGGGCAGAGCUGGGGCUGAGGGGACUCCUGGGGUUCGUGGUGGCCGCCUGGGCUUAGUGCGCAUGGCCUCAGCCCGCUCCAGUGGCAGCGAGUCCUCAGACCGCUCAGGCUUCCGCAGGCAACUGACCUUCAUCAAGGAAUCCCCGGGUCUCCUUCGUCGCCGCAGAUCGGAGCUGUCCUCUGCAGACUCCACAGCCUCCACCUCCCAGGCCGCUUCACCCCGCCGUGGACGGCCUACACUCCCUGCUGUUUUUCUCUGCUCCUCUCGCUGUGAUGAGUUGCGGGCGUCCCCAGGACAACCUCUGGCAUCACAGAAGUCCCCGCAGGCCAAGCCAGGUCUUGCUCCACGUGCGCCCAGGCGCACCAGCUCUGAGAGCCCCUCACGCCUACCUAUGCGGGCACCUCCGGGGCAGCCUGAGACAGUCAAGCGGUAUGCAUCCCUGCCACACAUUAGCGUCGUACGCAGGCCAGAUACCCAAGUAUCUGUACCCACUACCCAAGUUAAUACCACUCGCCGGGGAAGUGACGGAGAGACCAGACCACUGCCCAGGGUAGCUGCGCCAGGUACCACCUGGCGUCGUAUCAAGGAUGAAGAUGUCCCCCACAUCCUGCGUAGCACACUGCCUGCCUCUGCCCUGCCUCUCAGGGGUCCAUCACCCGAGGAUAGCCCUGCUGGAACUCCACAACGCAAGACCAGUGAUGCAGUGGUACAAACCGAGGAUGUGGCCACUUCUAAGACCAACUCCAGCACAUCACCCAGCCUGGAGAGCAGGGAUCCCCUACAGGCCCCCACCAGUGGCCCUGUUGCUUCAUUGGGCAGCGACGUGGACGGAGCAGUCCUCUCCAAACCAAUAGCCUCAGUGCCCUUCACCCAUGAGGGUCUGAGUGCAGUCAUGGGAGGCUUUCCCACAAGCAGGCAUGGCUCACCCAGCAGGGCUGCACGAGUUCCCCCCUUCAACUAUGUGCCCAGCCCUAUGGCGGUGGCCACAGCAGCCAGUGACUCUGCACUGGAGAAAGCCCUUGUCACUUCUCCAGCCAGCCUCCUGGAGUAGUGGGUAUAGGCCAGCCUUCUGGAACACUCUCUGCCCUGCAGGCUUGCUCUCCAGAUGCUCCAAAUAGGCACAUUUGUGCCCUCAGAGCUCCUGUCCAGCUGGCAUCUCC